UCUGCUCCCCCCCCUUCCUAAGCAGCCUUUCCCCAAGCACAGCGGCCAGCGUUUCCCUCCCUACCACCCCAUCUCUCCCCCUUCUCUAUUCUUUCUUCCCUCCUUUUUCUCUCCUCCUUUCCCAUAUUUUUUUCGUACGAAUCUCAUCCGUAGUUUUUCUCCUGUUCAUCAAUCCGCCAGCCCGGAUUCCAAUUUUCCAUCGAGAAACUCUCCCCAAACUUAUUUCAAGCCCCAAAACAUGACUUCUCGGAAGAGAAAGCAGGAGGAAGAGGAGGAGGAAGAGCUCGUUGCUCUACCUAGCGAUGAAAGCGAAGAGGAAGAGGAAUAUAUAUCGGAAGGCGAUGAAGAUGAUGAUGCCGACGAUGUUGAGGAUGACGAAGAAGAAUAUGACGAAAUAGUCGAGCCUGAAGAGGAAGAGGAAGAAAAGAAUGGUGUAAAGCCAGCACCAGCUCAAGCUCAACCCGAAGCCCCUCCAAAGAAGAAGCUGAAGACAGUAAAUGCCUCAACCGAGCCUAUUCCCAUCGUCAAGAAUGGCGAGGAGGAGGAGGGCGAGGAAGAGGAGUUCGAUAAUGACGAUCUUGAGGACGAGGAUGACUUGGAGGACGUAGAAGAAGGAGAAGGAGAAGAAGAACGAUAUGAUGACGAAGAGGGUGUCGAAGAUGAUGAGGAGAACGGCGUUGACGAACCUAAGAAAUCGGGCGUUCACGUCGAUCUGCCUACCAAUGGCAAGACCCACGCAGUGAAAGAAGUUGCUGCCAACGGCGAUGAGGCUGACGACUGAGUUUCUUCAUACCGUCCUACCCCAGGUCGAAGAAGACAAUUUUGACAUCUACUCCGAGGACGUCAAGCCUGGUGGCUACCACGAGCUUCCGAUGUUUUGUCCUCAGUUAAUCAUUUCACUGCGAUCUUCUGCCAACCCAUCCCCAUGAUACAGAUGUUCCCUUUCCUAUUUCAUCACUGUUUGUUUCGUCAAUGGCAUAGAAGGAUUCUUGUGUGAAUUCAACAGCACAUUUAAUGGAAAGGGGUCAAGAUUUUUUGCUCUCGUUAAUUCUCGAUAAGAAUUCAUUUGGAUGACGUUUGAUUUGAGUGACAUGUAGUUUCAAUGUCUAUUGAUUUCCAUGACCUUGCGUAUUCAUAGCAAGCUUUGUAACUCUGCGCGGAGCAACUUUGGCGAUAGGCGUUAUAUCUCAUCGAUCCAUGCUAUAUCAGCCAUAUAAUGUACAGACAG